UCGCCUCCCUAUCAAGCUCUUCUUCAUCACACGCUCGCGUUCGCUCCUUGCUCGCUCGGCGCUGAUCCCGGUGGUGGUGGGAGAGAGGAAGAGGGAAGCAGCAACUGCCGGUGGUGGGGCGAUCAUGGCAGGGACGGACGUGUUCACAGAGAUCGUUGAUGGGGAACAGGUCUACAAGUACUACGCGGACGGCGAGUGGAAGAAGUCCGCCUCCGGGAAGUCCGUCUCCAUCGUCAAUCCCACCACCCGGCAGACUCAGUACAAGGUCCAAGCAUGCACGCAGGAGGAGGUGAACAAGGUGAUGGAAGCCGCAAAGGCAGCGCAAAAGCUGUGGGCACGGACACCGUUGUGGAAGCGGGCGGAGCAUCUCCACAAAGCGGCAGCGAUCCUCAAGGAGCACAAGGCCCCCGUAGCCGAGUGCCUCGUCAAGGAGAUUGCCAAGCCUGCGAAGGAUGCCGUCACCGAGGUGGUAAGAUCAGGGGAUUUGGUGUCAUACACAGCAGAGGAAGGCGUUCGGAUACUCGGAGAGGGCAAACUCUUAGUCUCAGAUAGCUUCCCUGGUAAUGAGCGCAGCAAGUACUGCCUCAGUUCCAAGGUCCCUCUUGGUGUUGUGUUAGCUAUCCCUCCCUUCAAUUAUCCUGUGAAUUUAGCGGUCUCCAAAAUUGCCCCUGCGCUAAUCGCCGGCAACUCGCUGGUGCUCAAGCCUCCAACUCAGGGUGCAGUUGCUGCUCUUCACAUGGUACAAUGCUUUCACCUUGCUGGUUUCCCAAAGGGCCUGAUCAGCUGUGUCACCGGCAAGGGAUCCGAAAUAGGUGACUUUCUAACGAUGCACCCCGGAGUAAAUUGCAUAAGCUUCACCGGAGGUGAUACCGGAAUUGCCAUUUCAAAAAAAGCUGGAAUGAUCCCUUUACAGAUGGAACUCGGUGGAAAGGAUGCGUGCAUUGUGCUUGAAGAUGCUGAUCUCGACUUGGUUGCCUCAAACAUAGUGAAAGGAGGUUACUCUUACAGUGGUCAAAGAUGCACAGCUGUUAAGGUAGUUCUAGUCAUGGAAUCAGUAGCUGAUGCUGUCGUGGAGAAAGUGAAGUCUAAAAUGGCAAAACUAUCGGUCGGAUCACCGGAGGACGACUGCGACAUCACUCCGGUUGUAUCAGAAUCUUCGGCAAAUUUCAUAGAAGGAUUGGUGAUGGAUGCAAAGGAAAAAGGAGCCACAUUUUGCCAGGAGUACCGGAGGGAAGGAAAUCUCAUAUGGCCAUUGCUACUUGAUCAUGUCCGGCCUGAUAUGAGGAUUGCUUGGGAAGAACCCUUCGGACCUGUCUUGCCUGUGAUCCGGAUCAGCUCUGUUGAGGAAGGCAUCCACCAUUGCAAUGCCAGCAACUUUGGCCUCCAGGGAUGUGUGUUCACAAGAGACAUCAACAAAGCGAUGCUGAUAAGCGACGCUAUGGAGACGGGAACUGUUCAGAUAAAUUCGGCCCCAGCUCGAGGACCUGACCAUUUCCCCUUCCAGGGCUUGAAAGACAGUGGCAUCGGUUCACAAGGGAUUACUAACAGUAUCAAUAUGAUGACGAAGAUCAAGAGCACUGUUAUCAACCUACCAUCUCCAUCUUACACCAUGGGUUGAAAGAUCUGGUAGGCUAUAGUGCAGCUGUUAAAUAAGUAUCAGAAAAUAUAUGAGCUCAGUUAAGUUUGCAUCUUGGCUUUCAUCUGUAAUGAAAAACAAAUGUAAAAUGGCAUGUUUGCCAUAUCUAGCAAUGAUGAACUGAAAAUGCAAAUUCAUGGAUAAUUUUAUUUUGUGGAGGACAAAUUCUCACUCUUUUUAUGUUCUAAGAUUUGAUGAAAAUUGUAAAAGAUCAUUGGUUUGGUGGUC